CAGAGAGAAACUCCGGGGGAUAGAUCGAAUGUCUAAUAAUGAAGUACAGUCGCGCAAGGGGGUCGUGGAGACUUCUCCCCCCCAGCAGGUUCAGCCUACAGAGAAGCCGCUGGAGCAAACACCUAGAGACAAGUCUGUCGUGAAGCGCCCACUCGCACCGUCUUUUGAGAACUCGGAGGCCUGCAACAAGAAGAUGAGAGCCGAGGAAGUACACCACUUGUUUGCGCAGCUCAAGUCCGACGACAUGGAACCUUUCAAGGGGGGAAUGGGUGCCUUCUGUGAGAUUAUAAACGAGUUUGUCAAAAUGGGCAAGAAGAAUGCAGAGCUUGAGGCCGCGAAGGAGGAGCUUGCGGCAGCUAAUUAAGGUGGUAGCCGAAAGUGCAGUGAAGAAAGCUAAAGAGUGGGAGAAUAGGGCAGAAAAGGCGGAGAAGGAAAUGAUGAGGAAGAAAGCCGAGCUUAAUCGGGAUGCUGAGGCCGCGAAGAAGGAGCUUGCGGCAGCGAACGGGACAUACGAGAAGGCACUGAAGAUAGCUAAAGACUCAGACAAUAGGGUAGAAAUGGCAGAGAAGGCCGUGGAGCAUUGGAAGAAAUCUUGGGAGAAGGCAGAGAAAGCCUUGAUUGCUGCAAUGGCUUCCUUCUGUGAGAUUAUGAACAGCUGUAUCAAAAUGGACAGCACGAAUGCAGCGCUUAAUUGGGAAGUUGAGGCCGCGAAGAAGGUGAUUACGGCAGCGAAGAGGACAUACGAGAGGGCACUGAAGAUAGCUAAACACUGGGAGAAUAGGGCAGAAAUGGCAGAGAAGGAUGUGGAGAAUGGGAAGAAAGCUUUCAAAAACUCAUGGAAGAAGGCUGAAGACUCGAGCAAGAGGGCUAAGAGGCAUAGAAAGCCUUGAAUGCUGGGAGGGUAGCUUUGAAAAACUACAGCACAACUGCACAAGUACGAUAGCCAGAGGCACGAAGUGAGAUAGAUGGGCCGGGGAUGGAGGUUUUAUCAGCUUAGCUUCGUUCUUGAAUUUUGA